CCUUGCCCAGCGUUUGAGGCGGAAGGCUGAAUAUAGUUCAGUACGCUUACUGAAACCGUAGUCCUGUCUUCUUUCCAUCCGCAUGUGCGCUUCUUCGCUUCGUGCAACCGCGAGAGAGAGAGAGAGAGGAGAUGACGUUCGGUGGGACGCAGGCCUACGGUGAGCCAUCGUAUUGGGACAAGCGGUACUCGCAGGACCCAGGGCCCUUCGACUGGUACCAGAAGUACGCCACCCUUGCCCCCUUGUUCAACCUCUACAUCCAUCGUUCUCACCGCAUCCUCAUCGUCGGAUGCGGCAAUGCAGCGAUUGGAGAGGGGAUGCUUGAUGACAAUUAUGAGGACAUCGUCAAUAUUGAUAUAUCGGCUGUAGUGAUUGAUGCCAUGCAAAAGAAAUACAGUAAUCGUCCACAGCUGAAAUAUAUUUGGAUGGAUGUGCGGGAUAUGCAGAGAUUUGAGAGUGAUUCAUUUGAUGUUGUGAUUGAUAAAGGGACUCUCGAUUCUCUUAUGUGUGGGCAAAAUUCACAAUCGAAUGCAGGGAAGAUGCUAGACGAGAUAUGGAGGGUCCUGAAGGAUAGAGGUGUAUAUAUACUGAUCACCUAUGGAGCUCCAUUAUAUAGGUUAUCCCUUCUGCGCGAGCCAUGCUUUUGGUCAAUAAACCUUCAUGUGAUAGAGAAGUUUGGAUCAGAAAAGGAACCACAACGUCAGACAUGGGAAGUGACAGAUGCCAUUCCUUUGAAAGAAGAUGGUAGCUUUGACACCUCGGUGCUUGGAGACAAACCUGAUGUCCAUUACGUUUAUGUGUGUAUCAAGGACAAGUCAUUAAGGGAAUUAAAGUUGACCAAGGAGAUUAAGGAUGAGAUGGUGGAUAAUGAUUGAAAGUCUGUUACUUGCACAAGGCAUUGAAGAUUCUCUUGGUGUAUCAAUUUGACAUGCCAAGUCUCAAGCACGGGUAGACUGCGAAUAUUAUUGGUUCUCUGGAAGUCAACCUGUCAUACUAUUUAUUAACGUUUUCAGUUUCAUGAGAUCGAAAGUUGGGAAUUUUGACUUUCUGAUUCAAAAGAUUGGUAUAAGAACAACACAGUGGGUUCCUGAUUUUUUCUUUCCUGGCUGACAUUAUGUUAAGGGACGACCGCCCAUUGUGGUGGUGUUCUCUUUCGUUUCCACAUGGUCCAUGGAGGCUCCAUGGAUGGAGGACUUGUCAUGCCUGAAUGCCUGUACCAGUGGGGACACCUACAUCUGAAUCCAAAUUGAUUUCUUUCUCGCUGAUAUAUUUGUAGUGGCUGGAUUGCACUUGCAUCUGAA